GAGCGAUGCUUAUGUAUUUACUUAGUUAACUAUUACUAGCAGUAUAUUAUUAAUUGUAUUAUUGAUACAUUUGGACAUAUCUUUUCAAUUGCACAAUGCAGAAAAGCAAAGUUCAGAACGACACGGAAGCAGUCCCGUUUGCUGUGCCUAUCAAUUGCUGCGGCAGCGGAGCGGAGCAGGAGGGGAACGGGGUGGGUUUGGGCUUCAACAGGACCAGCAACCAGACCUUGCUGGACUGGCUGAGGUACCUCACCAUGGACGAGUCGGAGAUCCACGGCGAUGGCUCCAAAGCCAUCCGCAUCGUCAUCGCCACGGUGUACUCCGUGGUGUGCGCGCUAGGGUUGGUGGGGAACAUGCUGGUGCUCUAUCUGCUUUACUCCCAGCACAAGAAGAAGCGCUCCACCGUCAACUUCUUCGUCAUGUGCCUGGCCGUCACCGACUUCCAAUUCGUCCUGACGCUGCCCUUCUGGGCGGUGGACACGGCCAUGGACUUCCGCUGGCCGUUCGGGAAGGUGAUGUGCAAAAUCGUCAGCUCCGUCACCACCAUGAGCAUGUACGCCAGCGUGUUCUUCCUCACCGCCAUGAGCGUGGCGCGCUACUGCUCCGUCGCGUCCUCGCUGAAGAUGCGCCCACACCCCUGCGCCUGCUCCACCAAGUGGGUCAGCCUGCUCAUCUGGCUGGUCUCCCUGCUCGCCACCCUCCCGCACGCCAUCUACUCCACCACGGCUCUGGUGACGGACGAGGAGCUGUGUCUGGUGCGCUUCCCGGACUCCGGCUGGGACCCACAGAUCUUGCUGGGGCUCUACCAGACGCAGAAAGUGCUGCUGGGCUUCGUCAUCCCCUUGGUGAUCAUCUCUCUCUGCUACAUCCUGCUGCUCCGCUUCGUGCUCAGCAGGAGGGUGCGGGGGGCGGGCAGCGAGAGCAGCCACCACCAGCGGCGCUCCAAGGUCACCAGGUCCGUCACUGUCGUGGUCCUCUCCUUCUUCCUCUGCUGGCUCCCCAACCAGGCUCUGACGCUGUGGGGGGUGUUCAUCAAGUUCGACCUGGUCCCCUUCAGCAAGGCUUUCUAUAACGCGCAGGCGUACGUCUUCCCGCUGACCGUCUGCCUGGCUCACACCAACAGUUGCCUCAACCCCGUCCUGUACUGCCUGAUUCGCCGCGAGUUCAGGGCCCUGCUCGGGGAGCUGCUGCGCAAAGUAACGCCCUCUUUCCGGAGGAUCAGCCCGGUCCGCUCCCACUUCACACGCAAGAACAAAGUCGCCGAAUCGCCGCUGGUGAUCAUACAGAUGGACAGGGUGGCCUCGGUGCCGCUGUGCGGCAGGUAGA